AUGCACCAUCUGUUCUUAUCGAGUGAACACACGGGUUUUUUACAGUGAAUUAAUCAAGUUCUACCGUUGCGGUGUUGUAAUUUUUAUUAUAUUUUUUUAAAACAUUUUCGUCGAAAAGAGAAAUUUAAACACUUUGCUGUUUUAGUUCAAAAAAAAUAAUAAUAAAAUUGUUUUCAAAGUAACAUAAAUUAAAUAAAAACAAAAAUGAAGGUGUUUAUCGUAUCGUGUAUGUUGAUGAGUGUGGCUCUCGCUCAAGCUGUGCCAAGCGGCCAACAACCAUCCACAUUUUUACAAGAAUGUUUCGACAAAGAUUCAAUCUCUUGUGUUCAAACCACGAUCUAUCGUCGUGCUCGUGAAUUCUUUGAUCAGCCAAGCAUUAAGUUCGUCGGUGGUCUUUCGUUUGCCAAAUCGAAUGAACGUGCCGGUAAAAGCCUAGAACCAGAGCCACAAGUUGAAGAAGCCAGCAGUGUUCAAGCUCGUGAACUCGCUUUGGAAGAUUACCUAUUGAACCGUGUGAAGAACUUCUUCACCGAACGAUCAGUUAGCUGGGAUUUCGCAACAGCAGGCCGUAGUCUUGCCAACGCCAUUCCAGAUGAAGUUAAAGAAUCAGUUCGCGCUUUAGUUGUUGAAGGACGUACAAAGAAGAAGAUCAUCAAGAAAUUGUUGCCAUUGUUGGGUCUAUUAAAAUUGAAGUUGGCCGCUCUUGCUGUUUUGGCUAUUGCUGGUAUUGCCAUCAUCGCUAAAAAGGCUUUGAUCACAUCAUUGAUUGCUAUUGCCAUUGCUGGUGCUGGAGCUUUGUCAGGCGCUGUUUCAAAAUUGUUGGGCCGUCGCGGUGGUGCUGGUGGACUUGGUGGAUGGUCACAAGGCAGCAAUGUUGAAGAAAUUAUUGCAUACACCAAUACCGGAGGAAACUCAGGAUGGAAUUCCGGCAACGCUGGAUGGAACAACUAUGAUUCAUAUGCUGAACAUGGUGCUCACAGCCAACCAGUUGCACAACAAAUCGCCUACUCCGGACACAAAGUCGCUCGCCAAUUAGGUUCGAAGCAAAAAAAAAUGAAGGUGUUUGUUGUUGUUUGUGCUUUGUUGUCUGUGGCCGUCGCCCAAUCAAAUCAUCCAUUGCAGGGAUGUUUCGAAAAAGAUUCAAUCUCUUGUGUCCAACAAAUGGUAUACCGUAGCGCCCGUGAAUUCUUCGAUCAACCAAGCAUUCAAAUGUUCAGUGGUGUUUCAUUUGCCAAGACAAAUGCUCGUGCUGCCAAAAGCCUUGAACCACAAGUCGAACAAGCCGCCACCGUUCAAGAACGUGAAGUCGCUUUGGAAGAUUACUUGGUGAGCCGCGCCAAAAACUUCUUCUCAGAACGUCAACUCACUUGGGAUGUUGCCUCCACCGGUCGUGCUAUCUCAGAAGCAAUCCCAGUCGAUGUUAAAGAAUCAGUUUACCAAUUCGUUGAAGAAGCUCGUACCACAAAGAAAGUGAAACUCCUCAAGAAAUUGCUUCCAUUUUUGGGCUUGUUGAAAUUGAAAUUGGCCGGUUUCGCUGUUUUGGCCGUUGCUGCUAUCGGUCUUCUUGCCAAGAAAGCCUUGAUCACAUCAUUCAUUGCAAUUGCUCUUGCUGGUGCCAGCUUCUUGUCAAGCGUUGUCGCUAAAUUGUUCGGUGUUGGUGGUCUUGCCAAGGGUGGAGCCGGUUUGACCGGAUUGGCUGGUUUGGGUGGAUUGAGCGGAUUAGGAGGUCUUGGUGGUGCUGCCGGUCUUGGUGGUAGUGCUGGUGGAUUGGGUGGCCUUUUCGGAGGUGCCGGCGGUAACGGCGCAUACAAUAACGCCAAUGUUGAAGAAAUCGUUGCAUACACCACCAACGCUGGUUCAUCGGGUGGUAAUGGAUGGAACAACAAUGGCUGGUCCAACAAUGGAUGGGAAGAACAACACGGUUCACACAGCCAACCAAUUGCUCAAGUUCUUGCCUACAACGGUCAACGUCCAAAAACCAACUAAGUAGAUGUUAGAUACUUAAUUUGUAGCAACUACAAAGCAAAACCAAUUACUUUUUUCGCAUAGAAAAAUGUCACUAAAUUAUUUAAUUUAUUCAAUAUUUAUUUAACGUAAAUAAACACGAAGAAACCAACGAGAUAAAUAAAGUCAACUUUAUGAGGUUUUGUACAAAAAAUGAAAUAAAAUGAAAUACAAAAUAAUCAAGCUA